AUUUCGAAUGAGCAUUCAAAAUGGCGGAUAAGGAGAUCGAAACAACAACUUUAAGGAAGAUGCUACGAAAACAGACGUGAAACAGAAGAUUUGAUUGAAAUCUUAGUUAUAACGCGUAGAGGAGAAAUUUUAACUCUCAUUGGAAUAUCCUGUGGACCGACAAGAUUUACUAUCUCCAGUUCAUGAGAUCAGUGAAUCCUUAGUCCUAAAAUGUUACUUUUCUCUUGACGUUCGCAUGUAAAAUGUUAUCCAUGAAUACUUAAGAGAACUGAAAAAAAUUAAGUUAAAUUUAGAAACUAGUUAAGUUAUCUUCAGAUGAACAUGUUUCAAAUUACCUCGGAGAAUCUUCUUGCAGCAUUUAACGUAUUUUUAAAUUCAGUUAUUCAGUUUCCAUUGUCUCCUUAAUUAAAAUUUCUUUCAUGUUUUGUACUCAGGUCUCCCUGGACACAAUGGAAUUUUCUUCAAUCUGAAUUCCUCUCAAGUUCGAACCAAUAAAACAAUUAAAUCUGCAGAGAUUCUAGUGACAGUUGAACUACACAUUGGUUCUAUCCCAACCCCCCUCUGGAGUGGUCACCUUGUUCUGUUUGAUCACUCUGACCACAAACCUGUGUAUUCGGUUAAGAUUCAGGAGGGUGGUGUGAAGUCUAUUUUGUUCCCUGCCCGCUCCUUGAUGAAGAGAUGGAUAAGCUCCCCUCAUCUCAAUCAUGGAGUCUACAUUAGGUUACAGGGAGACCAGGCUAUGAAUGAGGCUUCUCUUAGAGUGAUAUUUAAUGCUACUAGUGCAGGAAAGGAUGGUAGACCACUGUUAAUGGUGCGAACACUGUCCAAGCCAAUGAAGGAGGACACUUCAUUUCCUCGAAAACGUCAGAGUAAAAAGAGUCUUAUGACACCCCAGCCAAGACCUCACCGCUCCAUCCAGGACCAGGUACCUUGUUCCCGGCAUCCUAUGCGAGUUGAGCUUCAUAAGACUAUGAAUUGGAAACAUGUCAUCAUUCCCCAGUUCUAUGAGGCUUACAGAUGUGCAGGAGCUUGCAGAUUUCCACUGGGCACAAAUGUCAACCCCACUGACCACGCCAUCAUUCGCGCCAUUUUGUUUUCAUCCGGACGAGACAAGGGAACUGGCCAGCCCUGCUGUGUUCCGAUUAAGUUACGGGGAAUAAGCGCCAUCGAGUACCACAAUGACGAAUUUCAAAUGGUCUACCAUGAAGAUAUGGCUGUUCGGGAAUGUGGAUGUCGUUAGUCUUAUGAAUCCUGGUUUAAUGUUAGAUGAAUACGGACGUAGUAGCCUACGAUAGUGAAGAAGUCUUUCUGUAGUGUGAGAUAAGAAUCUAGAUAAAUAUUGGAACGUUUUUGUUCAAGACACACUGUCCGAUAAUCUAUAAUGGGCCAAAAAAUGUCGACACUGUAUUUGUGUUUAAACUUAGAGGGCCCACACAAACUGUGACCCGCAUUUUUUUAAUUCAAAGGAAUAGUAUAUAAACUUUCGGAAAGCUACAUAUUAUAUCACAAAAUUUAUAACUUUUUAUCCCUUACUAAUAAAAAUUACCA